GGAGGCACUUCCGCUCCAGGAAGGCGAGGUCGGAUCCGAGAUUGCUCCCGGGGCGGUGAGUCAGCCCCGGAACUCUGCCUUUUCCCAGAAGGAAGAGGAGAAAAAUGACCAAGUUCCAGGAGGCAGUGACAUUCAAGGACGUGGCUGUGGCCUUCACCGAGGAGGAGCUGGGGCUGCUGGACUCUGCUCAGAGGAAGCUGUACCGAGAAGUGAUGCUGGAGAACUUCAGGAACCUGGUCUCAGUGGGACAUCAGUCCUUCAAACCAGAGAUGAUAUCCCAGUUGGAGAGAGAGGAAAAGCUUUGGGUGAAGGAGAUCCAAACCCAGAUGGGUAGGCAUUCAGGAGGCAGGAAUCAAAAUGAGAUGGAGACUCUUCAUGAAGCAGGAUUAAGGUGCCUUUCACUGGGAGAGCUUUCCUGCUGGCAAAUCAAGAGACACGUUGUGAGCAAAUUAACCAGAAGUCAAGACUCCAUGAUAAAUAUGCAAGGAAAGAGUCCUCAGUUCCCCAGGCAACACGGUUCCCCCUAUCGAGUGGGAGCAGGAGAAUCGAUUCAGGCUUCUGCGGAUGACAGCCAUCUAGUGAACCUCAUCGGGGAUCCUUCCAGUAUCAUUGAAAAUCAAGGAUUUCCAACUGGAAGAGUUCAGAAUUCUUGGAGUGAAAUAUAUCUGAAUGCGACACAGAAUUAUCAGACAAGUUGUAAGCAGACGCAGAUGAAAAACAGAUUAUGCAUUUUCGCUCCAUGUGUUGACAUUUUCAGUUGCAUGUCACACCACCGUGGUGGUGACAUAGUGCACAAAGGAGAUACAGCUCUCAGCAACAGCGAUUGUGGUAAAGACGUCCUAAAGGUAUCACCUCUUACCCAGCGUAGUAUUCACACAGGACAGAAAACCCCCCAAGGUACUGAAUGUGAAAAAACCUUCGGUGACGGCUCCAGUCUUGACCUUCACCAGCAGGUACACUUGGGAAAGACGUCCCCUCCGUGUAGUACCCACGAGAAGGUUACCAGUUACAGCUCAGGUAUUCCUGUUCAACAGGGCGUUCGCACAGGAAAAAAACGCUACUGGUGUCAUGAAUGUGGUAAGGGUUUCAGUCAGAGCUCAAAUCUGCAGACUCAUCAGCGAGUCCACACAGGGGAGAAACCCUACACCUGCCAUGAAUGUGGCAAGAGCUUUAAUCAGAGCUCACAUCUUUAUGCUCAUCUGCCUAUUCACACAGGAGAGAAACCCUACAGGUGUGAGAGUUGUGGGAAGGGCUUCAGCCGUAGCACAGAUCUGAACAUUCACUGCAGAGUUCACACUGGAGAGAAGCCUUAUAAAUGUGAGGUGUGUGGGAAGGGCUUCACGCAGAGAUCCCAUCUUCAGGCCCACGAAAGAAUCCACACUGGAGAGAAACCGUAUAAAUGCGGGGAUUGUGGUAAACGCUUUAGCUGUAGCUCAAAUCUGCACACCCAUCAGAGGGUCCACACUGAAGAAAAGCCGUACAAGUGUGAGGAGUGUGGAAAGUGCUUUAGUUUGAGCUUUAAUCUUCAUAGUCAUCAACGAGUCCACACAGGAGAAAAACCAUAUAAAUGUGAAGAGUGUGGCAAGGGUUUUAGUUCAGCCUCCAGUUUCCAGAGCCAUCAGAGGGUCCACACAGGAGAGAAACCAUUUCGAUGCAGUGUGUGUGGUAAAGGCUUCAGUCAAAGCUCAUAUUUUCAAGCCCAUCAGAGAGUCCACACGGGAGAAAAACCAUACAAAUGCGAAGUGUGUGGGAAGCGCUUUAAUUGGAGCUUGAAUCUUCACAAUCAUCAAAGAGUCCACACAGGAGAGAAGCCCUAUAAAUGUGAGGAGUGCGGGAAGGGCUUCAGUCAGGCCUCCAAUCUUCAAGCUCAUCAGAGCGUCCACACUGGGGAAAAACCAUUCAAAUGCGAUGCCUGUCAGAAGCGGUUCAGCCAGGCCUCACACCUUCAAGCCCAUCAGAGAGUCCACACCGGAGAGAAGCCAUAUAAAUGUGAUACGUGUGGCAAGGCCUUCAGCCAGAGGUCAAACCUUCAAGUCCAUCAGAUAAUUCACACUGGGGAGAAACCAUUUAAAUGUGAGGAGUGUGGGAAAGAAUUCAGCUGGAGUGCUGGUCUGAGUGCUCAUCAGAGGGUCCACACAGGAGAGAAACCCUACACGUGUCAGCAGUGUGGGAAGGGCUUCAGUCAGGCCUCGCAUUUCCACACACACCAGAGAGUCCACACGGGAGAGAGGCCUUACAUAUGUGAUGUCUGCUGUAAGGGCUUCAGUCAGAGGUCACACCUUGUCUACCAUCAGAGAGUCCACACCGGAGGGAAUCUGUGAAAUACGAGGUGUGGUACAGCCUUCAGUCGAGUUCUCAUCUUCAUCUCCACUGGGAGGUCCAUGCUGAUUACAGAAAGCUCCUUCAGAACUCAGCAGCUUCCAAGAAUCUUCACAGGAAAGAAGCUAAAAUACUGUAUUUUAAAGACUCAGUUGGGAGAUGAAUUCUUCACAGACAUCAAGAUUUCUCACAGAUGAGAGAAAACUGUUUGUUCUAUCAAUAUGGUCACCGUUUAUACCAGAGUUCCAAAGCAUCCCAAUUAUUGAAGUGCAACACAGAAGAAUCUUAUUCAUUGGAAUCUACCCAAGAGAGAGGCCUUACUUUAACGAAAUCAUACGAUUGACAGACAAAAUUAAUGUCAAGUGAAACGUAAUCUCCAUGUAGGGAGGUGUUUUCCACUGCUGUAUUUCUACCAUGUAGAACUAUGCUUGGCUCAUAAUAGGGCCUGGCAGUUACUGAAGAAAAUGGAUAAAAUCCCUAUGACAAAUAUUUGAAAAUUCUAGUCGGUUCCCUAUCCUAACUAUAUAUUAAUUUAUAAUCAAAAGGAAUCCUGCAAGUAGCCUUAACAUUAGUUUCAGGAAAUAAAGUACAGAAAAACCAUGUACUACCGCCAUCCACAAUGAUUCAAAUUUGGACAAAAGACUUGUGGAAUGGCUCCCCCUUCAUCCAGCCUCAGUUCUCUGCACAGUGUUAUCAUAAAUUGUGUAUGGUAUUAUUUUUAGUAUCAUUGGUUUGUACUUGAUGGAUUGAAAAAUACUGUUUUUAUGAAUAACAUGACACUGCGAUUUAUGCAGUUGGAAUUUUUGGGCCCUCAUUCAAAAAGUAUUAAAAAGUAGUUACUGAUGACAAGAAGUUUCUUAGUAAACUUGAAUUGCUAAUA